AAGCUGGAGUUUGCAGGCCUGUAUAUUACCGAGCAGCCGUCUGAUGACGACAUUAAAGGACAGUGGGACAGGCUGGUCAUCAACACCCUCUCCUUUCCCAACAACUACUGGGAUAAAUUCGUCAAACGCAAAGUGAUAAAAAAGUAUGGAGAUCUGUACGGAGCCGAGAGGAUAGCAGAGCUGCUGGGGUUGGACAAGAGUGCUCUGGAUUUCAACCCCACAGAGGAGACGGUUGCCAAGGAGGCAUCGCUAGUGUCAUGGCUGAGCUCAAUCGAUACAAAAUACCACGUCUGGAAAAUGGGAGUGGUGUUUACGGACAACUCAUUCCUGUAUCUAGUUUGGUACACAACCAUGUCCAUUCUGGGCCACUACAACAACUUUUUCUUCGCUGCCCAUCUGCUGGACAUCGCCAUGGGUUUCAAGACCCUCCGCACAAUCCUGUCCUCCGUCACUCAUAAUGGCAAACAGCUUGUGUUGACAGUGGGCUUGCUGGCAGUCGUGGUCUAUCUCUACACUGUGGUGGCCUUUAACUUCUUCAGGAAGUUCUACAACAAGAGCGCGGAUGACGAUGAGCCAGACAUGAAGUGUGAUGACAUGAUGACGUGCUAUCUGUUCCACAUGUACGUUGGGGUGAGAGCAGGAGGCGGCAUCGGGGACGAAAUCGAGGACCCGGCGGGCGACCCGUACGAACUCUACCGCAUCCUUUUUGACAUUACGUUCUUCUUCUUUGUCAUUGUUAUCCUGCUGGCUAUCAUUCAAGGUUUGAUUAUUGACGCCUUUGGAGAGCUGAGAGAUCAGCAGGAGCAAGUCAAAGAAGACAUGGAGACUAAAUGUUUCAUUUGCGGCAUUGGUAACGACUACUUUGACACAACGCCUCAUGGCUUCGAGACUCACACCCUGCAAGAGCACAAUUUGGCCAACUACCUGUUUUUUCUGAUGUACCUCAUCAAUAAGGAUGAAACAGAGCACACUGGUCAGGAGUCCUAUGUGUGGAAGAUGUAUCAGGAGCGCUGCUGGGAUUUCUUCCCAGCUGGAGAUUGCUUCCGGAAGCAGUACGAAGACCAGCUGGGAUAGAGGAGAUGCGUUUUCCUCUUCUCUAUUCAGACAGAUACAACACACACACACAUACACAGUCAACCCAGCAUUGCUUUGAAAAUGUUUGGCAAGAAGCUUAAAGAAAUGUUUUUAUUAAAAACAAGAGAUGAGUGGAGGUCAUGUUGAUCGCCACUGUUGGUACAGAAACAAAAAAAAACAGGAUUCUGACUUGUUCAGACUUAUUUGAUCUGUUUUAGAUUCGGGAUUUGUUAUUGACGUGUGUUGCCUUUUCAACAACAUAACCCCAAGUUAUUGCACAAUUUUUUUUUUUUUAUAUUUAUUUACUUAUGUAUUUAUUUAUAGUGUUUUGGAAAAAAUAGUGGGUGUGUGGGGUUAUCAGACAAUGUUUCAGUCAAUAUUAUGCACAAUGUAUGAAUGUCGAACCUGAGACUUAAUGCCAAAAGAAAAGCAGAGAAGUGUAGAAGAUAAUACUUAGUGGGCAAAAAUGUGACUACAGAAAAGUUUUAUUCAGAUGUUGUAACAUUGCAUAUUAAAGUGACGUUUCUGGAGAGAAGUGGCAAAAGGUAAAAUAAAUGCCUAAAGUUCUUUAUGAAGUGCCUUACAGUACUGUAUCUACAUUACAAUGAAGCUAUGCAAAAUGUUUUUUGUUUUUUUUCCAUAUUGUAUGUAAUACAAUAGUCUUACUGGAGCGAUAAUCUGUUAACUGACCAGAUACAGUACGUAGUUUGUGGUUAAACGGGGAAAAAAAAAAAAAAAAAAAAAAAAACGUUGGUAUUUCCUAUUUUGUUGCUGAAUGCAGCAUAACUUCAAAUGUUCGAGAUACAGUGUAAAAACAACAAAUGGAAUAAACCGAUCACCCCUCAACGUCAACAAAAAAAAAAAUAAAAUAAAAUAAUGAACUGCUAUUGUAUGGCGAUUUGUAUGUAAUAGCUUUGCUGAUCUGUGCAUUUCUUUUGAUGGAAAAGAAAUAAAUUGUUGAAGAACUAA